AUUGUAUAUCAAUGACUGUAUUAUUCAAUGUUUCCUUACUCCUUAAAGAUAGUCAGUUGAGAUUUGGUUGCUAUUUCUAGCAGGUCAAGAGAUUUUCUAAGAUGGUGGACCAAGAAAUGUUCUGUACAGCAAGGAAUGUUUUUUUAAAAAAAAAAACAUUUAUUGGGAUUAGAAUGGUUAUCAGGUUGGAGUGACUGACAAAAUGUCUGCAGUAUUUCUUCAUAGUCAUCAUCUAGGACAUUUACCCCCAACCCCCUAGGACAACAGAUGAUGAUUUAAAACUUCUUAAUAUAUUGGAGAGAGGGUAAUUAACCAAAGAUGGGCAAUUGUCGUUGGGGGAAUUUGUCCUAGUCGGGUAAUUUUUCCUGAUAUACAACAUUCUGGGGUUACUAGUAAAAGACCACCUUUAUAUAGGGCCCAAUAAGAAAGUUCUAGAAAGUUAAAUCAUGUGAUGGCUUGACGUUGAUUGGUUGGUUAACAAGCCAAUCAUGUGAAACUACUAAGGCUUGUCAGUGACCCAGCGAUUCAAUUUCGAAUUCACUACACACUUUUCAGGAUGGGGGAAUGACAGAAUCAUCAGAGCAUUGGGAAAAAUGCUCUGAUUCUAUUUGUUUGCAGUGAUCUACGUUCUGGGUUCAAAAUCAUAGUCACUCAUUUUUGUGCGUUUGCAAAUUACUGGAAAACGACUGAAUAGAUUUUCACCAAAUUUGGUAGAAAUACUCAUUGGGUGAGUGGCUCGAACUCAUUAUUUUGGUUAGAUUAACUUCAAAACUGGCGGACAGUUGAAUCAAAAGGGUUUUCUUUGUUACAUAGGACAUAAAGGAUCAGUAGGGGAAAUAACUCUUGAUGUUUUCUCUGUAGGGUGUCAAAAGACGUAUGGUUUCAUAUUUUCGAGAACUUUGGUAAAUAUGUAGAUGCACGGACUACCGCACAGCGAUUUAACAUAGACCAUGUGGUCUUUGCAAAACAUUCUGACCGGGGAACGAAAUGGAUCUUCAGUAAGGUCUGGUACUGACACCAGCCGCUGUAAUUCUGUUUCUUCUUAUGGUAAUUCUUUACAAAAAAAAAAAAAAAUUAAAUUUCACUUUGCCGAGAAAAUUGGGAUUUUUAAUGUCUUUCAUGGAGUAAUAACAGCUGAAGGUGAAACACAUGAGGAUAAAUUUAAAGAUAGAGACAUUUAAUCGCUCCACCGAAAGAUAACCGCUGGCACCGGAUGUAAAAAGAUUUGCUUCGGCUGCGCAUGUGUGGAAGCAUACAUCUACUUCCGAAACACAGAUCAUGGCUUUCGAUUUAAUGAUUAAAGACUUGAGUGAAAUCCAAAGCCGACUCUAUGACCACCGUCCAGUCCUACAAGGAGAUGUAUUAUAUUUCUUCAAAGAAUUUGAGGAAAAGAGAGGCCAUCGAGACUUUACAACUCUUCAGAAAUGUAAUGAAGAAGUGUCGUUGAUGCAAGAUCUAUACCUGCCUGGUUGUCUACAGCAAGCUGAAAUCUGCCUCACAGAUAUUGCUAGCAAGACCAACACAGCCACCCAAAUUUGUGACAGAAUUUGUAGCAAGAAACACCCAGAGACAGACUACCUUGACGAAUGCCGUCAACAACGGUCAAAAGAGUGGACGGACUUUAUGACGGAACAAUGUAAAAAAAGUGCUGAAGUCGACCAAAUGUUUGAGGCUGAACUGGGUACAAUAAAAUCUGUCCUUAGAUAAAUUGCUAAAUACAAAACCAUGUAAAAGAACAAUUUUCAGUAAUAUACAUUGGUCAUAUGGAGGGACCAAAUACUUCAAACUGAAGUCUACCCCCUUAACCCCACCCUCCCAAUUUUACCCCAGAGAAAACUAAACACCCCACCCACUUCCCACAUCGUUAUUUAUACUGUUCCAAGUUUGUUAAUAAUUGACGUUUAUAAAAAUUGUUCUUGAUUUAA